AUGCAAGCUCGGCCCACUCGAGCCAUGGCAGGGUCCCGCUUCGCCUACGUCAAGAACUUUGAGCUCGCGGACCCUCUCCUCCCCUCGACUUUCUUCGUCGUCCGCAUCGACGGCAAAGGGUUCCACGGCUUCUCGAAACUGCACAACUUCGACAAGCCCAGCGAUGUGCGCGCCCUCGCCCUCAUGAACGACGCCGCCAAGCGCGUCGUCGGCGGCCGAGAGCUCAACGGCGAGUGCGUCGUCGCGUUCGGCGAGAGCGACGAGUACAGCUUUGUCUUCAAGCGCACGUGCAAGCUGCACGGCCGAAGAGCAAGCAAAAUCGUCACCCUCGUCGUAUCGGUCUUUACGGCCGCCUACAUGGCGCUUUGGCCGCAGUUCUUCCCGAACUCGCCGCUCUCGCUCGAGCACCUUCCGGUCUUUGACGGUCGCGUCGUGCAGUACACGAGCGAGCUCGAGAUCCAGGACUACCUGCGCUGGCGACAAGUCGACACGCACAUCAACAAUAUGUACAACACAGUCUUCUGGGCGUUGGUCCUGCAGGGCAAGCGCACCGAGCAGGAGGCCGAGCAGGAGCUGAGCGGCACCAUCUCGAGUCAGAAGCAGGAGAUCCUCUUCUCGCAGUUCGGCAUCAACUACAACAACCUCGACCCCAUGUUCCGCAAGGGCAGCAUCGUCAUCUGGGAGGAAGAGCCGCUGGCAGUGUCGCAGGACUCGGCACCGAGCUCGACGUCCGAGCCGCCAGCACCGUCACCCGAAUCCGCCGACUCGCCCGCUCCCCUCGUCAAGAUGCGCCAGCGCAAGAAGCCGCCAAAACCCAAGCGCCGCCUCGUCGUCGUGCACGAGGACCUCAUCGCCGACGCGUGGUGGACGGAGGGCCGAGGCAAGGCCCUGCUCGACGGCUAG